UGUUCAGGAAUGACCAAUAGACCAGAUCUGAUAGAUGAGGCUCUCCUUCGACCUGGAAGACUGGAAGUUAAAAUGGAAAUAGGUUUGCCAGAUGAGAAAGGUCGACUACAGAUCCUUCACAUCCACACAGCAAGGAUGAGAGGGCAUCAGUUGCUCUCUGCUGAUGUAGACAUUAAAGAACUUGCCGUGGAGACCAAGAACUUCAGUGGUGCUGAACUGGAGGGUCUGGUGCGAGCAGCACAGUCCACUGCCAUGAACAGACACAUAAAG